AUGGCAGAAAAUUUAGCUUAUUAUAUGUGUGAAAUUGAUAUUAAAGCACAUUACCUUCAUGCAAAUAUUAAAACACCAGAUAGGAUUGAUACUUUAUAUGAUCUACGUUCUGGAAAGAUUAAUGUAUUAGUAGGAGUAAGCCUAUUGCGGGAAGGGCUUGAUAUUCCAGAAUGUGGAUUAGUAGCCAUUUUAGAUGCUGACAAGGAAGGAUUAUUGCGUUCAGAAACUUCGUAA